AUGGCCGAUUCACAUACGGCACGCUUGUGCGUUGAGAUAAUUCACUCAAAUUUUGGUCCCCUUACGGCAAAAAUUGCCUCGGUGCUUCUCGUUCGUGGACGCCUACCACUGCCUCAAUUGACUCGCUUCACGGCUCUCAGACCACGUACGGUUCGAGCUUGUAUUCUCGUUCUUGUGCAGCACAACAUAAUCUGGCAUGUCCUAUCGGACGAGGGCGAGAUGUUCGAAGUCAAUAUCGACGAAUGUCUUAUGCGCCUUAGAUUUGGGAAAUUCAUUUACAAGUCAGAGGAACUAUUCGGCAAGCCAGCGGCUGAGGUAGUGCAAGUCAUACUGGACCACGGAAAGCUAAAGAUGCCUGAUAUCAUGGCCCUGUUGGGAAUCUACGAUGGGAAAGGCAUCAUUGCCUACACUCAAGCCAUACAUAAACUGGUUUCAGGACAUUAUCUUAAACCCUCCACGACACUCUCCCAUAUAUCUCCCUGCGAUAAGCGCAUUCAAUAUGAGGCUGAAGAAAAGCGCAAAAUAUCUGGCUUUCCAACUGCAAAGGAACUUCGCCAAGCAAAGGAAGUCGCUGAAGCUCGUCUGAAGCGCGAAGAGGAAGAAGCUGAAAAAAUUGGUCUUAAACGCAAAGCAAAAGAUCAAUCGGGCCGCUCUGCAAAGCGUAAAGCCUCGGAGAGUGAGGAGAGCGUCGACGACGCAGUUUACUUCCGAGUGAACUACGAAAGGUUCAACGUUCACCUUCGCAAUGGAUUAAUCGUUGCCGCUGUCAAAGAACGUUUCAAUCAUCAAGCGGCUCUUGUCAUUCGAGCGGCAAUGAAAGUCACGGAACAGUCUCAACUCAGCGUUUCGGAGGUGCGAUCAGAGCCGAUCUCGGUGGCCAACAUUAUGACGCAACUUCCGGAGGACGAGGAUUUGGGGAAAGGCCUUGCACAUUCCUCCAAGAAGACCUCGAAUGCCACCUGCAUCAAGGAUUAUCUUGGGAUGCUCUCGUCAGCUGAUAACCCUACAGCAGCUGGGCGUGAAUCCUCUUUUGUUUCUUUCGGAACGUCGAAAGUUCAGGUUGAGUUUGAAGUUGUCGGGCGUCGCCUGCGGCGGCGUUUGGUGGAGUCUGUAGCUAGAGAGAAACACGGCGUGGAGGGUGUUCGCAUAUUGCGUCUGUUAUCAGAUACUGGGAAGAUGGACGAAAAACAGAUUUCGAAAAUCGUUAUGAUGGCACCCAAAGAUGUCCGUCCGCUCUUGGCCGCCCUCGCCUCUGAUUCAUUGAUCAGUACGCAAGAGGUGCCCAAGAGUGCUGAUAGGAACCCAACUCGUACAUUUUAUCUCUGGUAUGUUGACCACAACAAAGCCCAUUUAGCGAUCUUGGGAAACGUGUUCAAAACCCUAUACAAUAUCAGCAUGCGACGCCGGGCACAGAGAGAAGUCCCUGAAGUCGCUGCCGUGCUAGAAAAGUGUGAGAGGACGGAUGUAAGUCAGGAUGAAAGUUUGUUGACGAGGAUGGAGAAGGACAUCUUGAAGGAAUGGAAGGAGAAGCAACUCAAGCUAACAGGGCUUGAGGCGCGCGUAGAGGAAUCUGUAUUCGUAUUGAGAGACCUGCGCGUGUUAGCUUCCAACGAUAAUUAA